UUUGCAGUUCCGCAGAGACAUUAUUAAGGCCAUACAUAUGUCGCUGAAAGAUGAUUGCUUACCAUGAUGAUGAGCUAUGUUGUGAUGAUUGAUGAUGAUGAUUGAAGAUGAUAAUGAUUUCCUAACCUGGUUUUUUUUUGUUAAUAUAGAGGUUUAAGGUUGAGAGCUGAGAAGUCUCUCUGACUCAUGGUUUGCUUCGGCCUAUGGUUUACAUUUCUGCAUCUCAUACAACAAACACCAAAGUAACAUUAACACAAAGCAAGUAUGCUUUCUUUUGUCCCAAAUGAACUGGAAGAUUUCACUAAAUAUACAUUUGAUUUGGAUGUAAAGUAAUUUUAGAAUUGUAUACCUCUUCAAGGUUUUCGAGUUCCAAGAUCUGCUCUAUCUGUUGAGCAAUGCUUUCCUGUGGAAUAAUGGAGUUUCUACUUAAGCCUCAGACUAAAUAUUCAUAUGUAAAUGUUAGAGAAAAAAAAACAUGGUAUUGUUCAGUGCCUCACUUUUCUGAAAACAUGUUACGGAACAGCAAACGCAAUUGUCACUCUUUUUUCUUCUUGCACAGGGAGUUCAGCUGUUUCAGCGCCAAACUGGUGCGUUUCUGCUGUAUCCGAAGGUGUUUGUACCUGAAAUCCAUUGCAACGGUUAAAAUUCUGUAUCUAACUUCAUUCUUUUAAUAUUAAACUGUGUUUACAAAGGGAAUUUCACCACUAUAGAGUGCAUGGAAGAGGUGACUUUGUUCUUCUUUAUCUGGAUUCGUCUUUAGCCCUUUUUCCUACGGAGGAACGUCUUUGUUGCGUUCAAAAGAUUGUGCUCCUUAGAAUAAGUGAAUAUUUCAGCAUCAAAACACCACACAUCUCAGUCUUUUUUAGGUCAAAUAACGACACACAACCCACUCACUAGAACCAAAAUAAGCUGCAUCACAUAGACAAUCUAGGAACAUACGAAACAUAUUUAACAGUUAAACUUGGAGAAAACGCUUAUCACUAACUGUCGAUCGGAUGGGGACAUCGUUACCUGAACUCUGUUUUGGGGUUGUGGAACAGCAAUGCCAAUCAAACAGCUCGGACAUCUCACAACUUUACCAAAUGGAACCUAUAUCAAUAGCAAUGUAUUCAAUAUAUCAUGCUCUGAAACAUAACAAUUUGGUAUAUGAUUAUAUAUUAUACUUCAAGAGAACGUUUAAACAUAUCUCUUAAACCACACAUUGAACAUCAUCGGGGGUAGGUUCGAUGGUGGCGGUUUCGAUUUUGAGGACGACUGAGAGGCUGCCCGUAGCCGCUUGUCAGUCAUCGGGGGUGGGUUUGUUGCCAUUGGUGAGAAUGGUUUUGUGUCGGUGGAGCUUUCUAGAGAGAUGGCGGUUCACUUUAGCUAGUUUCUCGUUGGCCUGGAGCCUUCUCUUCACCGCUGGAAGAGUGGAGGAGUAGCAGCGUCUCGGACCUGUGUGGUGGCGGAUCUGCGAAAGCUGCGGCGUUAGGGUUUCAAGAGUCGGGCCUUCUCCUUGGAUCUGGCGUGCUUAGGCCGUGGGGCUCCUCUGGGGUGCUUGAACGAAGGCGUUUGGUGAUGGCUCCUAUGUCGGCUUGGACACUCGCCAGGUGAUGUGUCGGCUUGGACACUCACCAGGUGAUGUCCCGGACUUCGGAGUGAUAGUCACCGGUGCUCACCCAAAGGUCAUAAGCAAGCAUCGGAGAUUUGAACCGGUCUUAUCAUCGACCUUAAUCUGAAGCUUCAUAAGGUUAAGGUCACUCUUUUAUUGUUAUGUUUCGUGUUCACUUUCAUUUCCGACUCAUCUCUAAUCCUCACUGGUUCAGAUCAAUUUAAAAUUAGAACAGAUUUUGUAGCAAAAAAAACACAGAAAGGAAUAAAAAUUCUAUAAUACCUAAAUCAAAACCAAGAGCUAUGGAUUUUUUAGGAGAUACGAAUGAAGGGGAGGGGGGGGAAGCCAAAAUAAGAGAUUGAAGAGGAUUUGGAAGAGAUUAAUAUGAAAUGGUGAAAAACAACCGGCAGAAAAUGAGAAGAAGUUGAGAAGGUAUGUAUGAUCUUAAUCAGGAAAAACUGAAUCGAUAGGGAGGAGAAUGGUCGAUUUACAAAUUUACUUUUACGGUUUACUGAUUUUCUUAAACUUCAUGCUGAGUUGUCAGUUUAGUUUGCCCUAAAUAUUUUGGCUGAGGUGGAUAGGUUUAGAAGCCUCAAAAUUAGUUUCUUUUAUAUAUAUAUAUAUUUCUGACUCAUCUCUGAUCCUCACUAGUUCAGAUCAAUUUAAAAUUAGAACAGAUUUUGUAGCCAAAAAAAACACAGAAAAGAAUAAAAAUUCUAUAAUACCUAAAUCAAAAUCAAGAGCUAUGGAUUUUUUAGGAGAUACGAAUGAAGGGGAGGGGGGAAGCCAAAAUAAGAGAUUGAAGAGGAUUUGGAAGAGAUUGAUAUGAAAUGGUGAAAAACAACCGGCAGAAAAUGAGAAGAAGUUGAGAAGGUAUGUAUGAUCUUAAUCAGGAAAAACUGAAUCGAUAGGGAGGAGAAUGGUCGAUUUACAAAUUUACUUUUACGGUUUACUGAUUUUCUUAAACUUCAUGCUGAAUUGUCAGUUUAGUUUGCCCUAAAUAUUUUGGCUGAGGUGGAUAGGUUUAGAAGCCUCAAAAUUAGUUUCUUUUAUAUAUAUAUAUAUUUCUGACUCAUCUCUGAUCCUCACUGGUUCAGAUCAAUUUAAAAUUAGAACAGAUUUUGUAGCAAAAAAAAACACAGAAAAGAAUAAAAAUUCUAUAAUACCUAAAUCAAAACCAAGAGCUAUGGAUUUUUUAGGAGAUACAAAUGAAGGGGAGGGGGGGAAGCCAAAAUAAGAGAUUGAAGAGGAUUUGGAAGAGAUUGAUAUGAAAUGGUGAAAAACAACCGGUAGAAAAUGAGAAGAAGUUGAGAAGGUAUGUAUGAUCUUAAUCAGGAAAAACUGAAUCGAUAGGGAGGGGAAUGGUCGAUUUACAAAUUUACUUUUACGGUUUACUGAUUUUCUUAAACUUCAUGCUGAGUUGUCAGUUUAGUUUGCCCUAAAUAUUUUGGUUGAGGUGGAUAGGUUUAGAAGCCUCAAAAUUAGGUUCUUUUAUAUAUAUAUAUAUAUAUAUAUAUCUAUAUAUAUAAUAUAUAUAUAUAGUAGAGAUGGUAUAGGAUUGUAGAAAAUCCCAAAAUUCGACAUCAUUUGUAAAAAAAAGAGAUAUUGCAAUAAGUAAACGAAAUACUAUACCCAAAAUCCGGCUUUUAAUAUUAGCGAAAGGUAGUGGGCUUGAUAAAGCCCAAUAUGAAAGAUCUCAUACCCAAAGCUUGUAACACACGCAGACACAGCUUUGAACCGAAAUAAAACCAAACGGUUUUCAUAGUUAUGUUUCACCUUAAUGCAGUGUAGCUUCUAUUUUCCUUUUUAUCAUAGUCAUGCUUUCAUAAUCCUAUAGAGAUAAUGAUUACUUUAGAUAUUAGAAUUAGGAUCUUUUAGUUGCUUAGUAUAUAUAGACACCUUAUAGGUCUUUGUAAAAAACCACUUUAUGAUUGAAUUAUAUUUGCAAUUGCAACCAGAGCUUUAUAGCACUUAGAAGAGUACCAUCUGUCGGUUUCAUUACAAUUUCUUGUUACGCUUCCCUCUAUCACAACUACUCAAAUUUUUUUUGUUCUUCCGCCAGGCGCCAACCUAAAUUGGAGAAGAGAUGGAGAGGUUGAACAAGGGCGAUUUCGUAUUGAAGAGGAAGACAACGACUACGAGUACUAGGGCGAAGAAGAAGAAGAAGCCAACUCCAUACACAUCCGAUGAUGUGAUAUUGGCAUCUUUGUCAGUACUUCCGGACGAUUUGCUAGUGAUGAUCGUGGCACGCGUUCCAAUAUUGUACUAUCGGACUCUGUCACUAGUCUCCAAGAGCUUUCGAUCUAUGGUGGUUUCACCUGAGCUUUACAAGGUCAGGUCAGUCUUGGGCCUCACGGAGAGUUGUCUCUAUGUGUGCUUGAGGUUCGGGAUGGGUUCUUAUAAGUGGUACACCCUCUCCUCCAAGAGUAAGAGUAGUGGCGGCUAUGUUUUGGCUAGCGUCCCAAUGCCCGGUGAUGAUUCUCCUCGGGUGGCGGGUUUGGGUUUUGGUUAUUCAGAUCUUGUGGCUGUUGGUUCUGAUAUCUACAACAUUGGCCAAGCAGAUAAAACCACCCCCACCUCUAGUGUCUCGAUUCUUGAUUGCAAGUCUCACAUGUGGCGUAAGGCUCCCAGCAUGCCAGUCGAGCUAGAGUCACUUUCUGCCACUGUCCUUGAUCGAAAUAUAUUUGUACUAGGACGACGCUACCAUCAAUACGGUUCCUGGAAGAGCUUGCUCCAGGUAUUCAACACAAAUACGCAAACUUGGGAUAUCCCUUGGUGUGUAUUGGACCAAGCCAGUCACAUUUUUAAUAUUAACGGAAAUCUCCACGCGGUUAAUAUAUUUGGUUGGGUGUUUGCUUUCAAUUCAAAGCAAGGUAAAUGGGACCAGCUGGUUGAAAUAGAUCCAAUUGUGGGUGAAAUUAAGUAUUCGGAAUCUUACUGCGAGAUUGACAAUGUUCUCUACUCUGUUUCUAAAGAAGGAGCUCUGAGAUGGUAUGACACCGACAAGACAAGAUGGAGAGAUUUGAAGGGUUUGGUAGGACUACCUAAGUUGCCUGGUCGUUUUGCUGGUUAUGGUUCUUAUGUUAAAUUAACGGCUUAUGGUGGUGGAAAGAUGCUGGUUUUCUGGAGUAGAAAAUCUUGUAUUCUUUUGUCUCACAUGGAGACCAUAUAUUGUGCCGAGAUAGCGCUUAGAAAAGGCAAAGGAGACUGUUGGGGGAAACUUGAGUGGUAUGAUGGUGUGCUUUCAGUCCUUGCGGGAACUGAGUUAGUUAAGAUUUUUUCUGUAACGCUUUGAUGAUGAAUGAAUGUUUCUUGACUUUAUUUUGCUACUUUUUUUUAUUUCAAAUUCUAAUCGACAAUUUUUAGUUUAGUUUCUAAAUGGUCCUUGUACUCUUUACAUGAUAUUGCUUCUUUUAGGAUUCCAACCACCGCUUCCGUUUCACUAUUUGCACAAUUAUGUCUUUAAUUAUUUUUAUUGCUUACAUAUGCAUGCUUUAGUAAUUUCAUCUUUAUACAGAAAAUAAACUAAUUGUAACUUCUUUAUUUUUAUUCCAGUGGAAAGAAAAAAGAAUCAGUGGCAUAUGAAACGCGCCAUACUUCCACUGGUAUUGUUGCUGGUAAAUGAACUUGCAAAAAAUAAAGAAGUUACAAUUAGUUUAUUUUCUGUAUAAUUGGCCAACUAACGUCGUCUUUCACAUGCGUUAUAUGACUCCCCAUCUUGUAAAGAGUCAAUGAAACAAAAAAACAUUGGACUGUAUCUAGAAACCAGGAACUACAACAACAAAGCAUUAAACUCUCCUCGGUGCGGUUAUGUUGACCUUGAUAUUCAUGAGUAUAUGAUAAAUAGAAGAGCCUUAUAUCAGAGACCAUAGCAUGCAACAACAUGAUAAUUCAAGUUAAAAAGGGAUUUGUGAAUUUGUCAUCAACCCCUUGUUUAAACAAAAUUUAGUGACAUGACAGAGAUAGAUACCAUUUAUCAGAUGGACCCAUCCGUCAUGGGUCCGACUCCUCCAGGCACAGGAGUGAUCGCUGAGGCAACACCUAAAGCUUCCUCGUAACAUACAUCCCCAACAAGACGCUUAUCAUACUACAUGCUUCAAUGUCUAACCAGAAACAACAAAACAAACCUAAGAAAAAACAGUUUGGUCCUUUCAUUUGAUCUCUAACCUAAGGUUCUCUGUAUCAUAAUGGUUGUCAUGCUCUUGUAUGAGUCUUUAUUUACUGGAACGUAUGAGUCCUACAUCAAUGACAACUGCUCAAGGCUUCAGCCAACUUCCACGAACAAGAUUAGGUACACCCGCGAGUGCAACCACAAUCUCAUCCUCCCUGGUAAUGUCCUUUGAAAAGGCAUGCACCGUGUGCUUACUGUAGCGUCAUACCUUUGCCCACGAAUGUCAGCAUAGAAACAUAAAGGCACAGUUAAUACUCAACCAAAAUGCUCAAGCAUAAGACCCCUACAACAAUACCUGCAGUAAUAAGGAGAUUGUCAGACCAACGAUGUUGCUUCUUCUAAUCACCAAAGCCAUUAUGGAACAAACAAGAAGGGAGAGAGUUACCAAAGAGAAGAGAGGAUGACGUGUCAGUGUCAAGAGCCCAACUUUCAGGCAAGUCACUCAAGAGACACGAGGGGAGGAGACACUAGCUAGAAUGGAGCUUAAGAAAUGCACUUCCCUUGUUGCCAAAGCUUUCGUCGCGACUAAUAACAUGCUCGAACAGUCACUGCAUCACAUGAAACAGAAG